UGAACAACUCACGUGAUUCUCCGGUGAUCAGAGGAACCUGAGGUUGGAGUUUAACAAGGAACUUACCUCCUGAUGAGAGAGUGAGAGGGUUCCUGUUUCACCCUCUGCAGCCAGGCAUUUGGCCUGGUUCAGUCUGCAUUCGAAUUUGCUGAAGGAGGUUCUGUGGAGGUGACACUGCAGAAGGGUGGCACUAACAUCACAGCUUCAACCAUCUGCAGAUAGCUCUGGUUCGGCUGAGAAACUACACUAAAUAUUGCAAGCCUUGCACUGGGAGCAGUCAAGGGGGAUGAGGUAGUAGAAUGGGAAUGAACUACACUGAAGCUUUCUCCGUCGCACUGAUCGAUGCGGCAUUUGACAAAGAUGAGAGCGUCCGGCAGGAGAUCUCUCAGGCCCUUCGGGAGCUCGGCUGCAGCCACCCUCGCCUCGUUCUUCUGGCCUGUCACUCCUACCUCAGCAAGCAUAGUAAGUUGCUACAGGGCCAUCGCAUCGUCAUACUCCAUACUAUGGAGGCCAUCGUCAAGGAAACCAUCAGCCAGCUGGACCAGCCCCUGGCCAAGAUGAUCAUCUCUUUGGCUUCAGAAGAAAUGACCAAGUUGAAGGCAAUUGUCCCUGACUGGCAGGGAGCAGCCAGCCAGCUCCUGGUGGCCCUGGGCUGCAGGUUCAUCAACGAGGUGAUGGAGGAGAUUCUGCAGAAGUUCCAGCCCGGGGUCCUGCCCCAUUUCUUUGUGGUUCAGACACUGGGCAACCUCGCCAUGGCAAACGUGUAUGGCAUGGUGCCCUUCCUGACAGCCAUUUUAGGGACGAUGCUGCCAAUGCUGGGGAUGGCGAAGCAUGACUCGAUGAAAUCUGUCUUCACCAUCGCUCUGGGUCGUUUCAGUGAGAGUAUCCUGGAGUACCUGGCGAACCUGGACAAGGCCCCGGACCCCACUGUCAGGAAAGACGCCUUCUCCAGCGAGAUCUACACUUCCUACGAGAUCCUCUUCAAUGUCUGGCUGCAGCACAAAGAGACCAAGCUGAGGGCCAGUGUGGUGGAUGCUGUUGGCCACAUGUCGUACCUGCUGCCUCCUGACAAACUGGAGGAACAACUGCCCAAACUAAUCCCUGGCAUCCUGACUCUCUACAAGAAGCACUCUGAGCACUUCCACAUUACUCAGAGCCUAUGCCAUGUGCUGGAUGCUGCAGUGGAUAUGGGCAGCCGAGUGCUGGAGACACAAAUCGACAAUCUGCUCGGUAUAUUACACCCCCAGGUGUGUACUCCCCUGGACUACAGCAACCACAUGGCAGUCAGGAAUCACAAUGAAGUUCUCCGCUGUUUCACUGUACUGGCUCGUGCCUACGCUGACCGGCUGAUUGCCUUCCUCCUGCAGAGAUUAGAGGUUCACAAUGAACGGACCCGAAUCGGGACCCUGACUGUCAUCAAACACCUCAUCAACUCCGCCUCCCAGCAACUGGAGAGUAAGAAGUCCCUGAUAUUGGCUGGAAUGAAGCUCACAACCCAGGACAACAACAAGGUGAAAUGGAUGAUGGCUCAGGUUAUCAGCGCUAUGGCUCACCAUGACUAUCUGGAGCUGGACGGAGGUGAAGCGAUGGUGGAGUUUAUCAUCCGACAGUGCGCCCUGCCCUGUGAGCCCGGGACACCCAAACCUCGCAGCUACGAUCCUGAUGAAGUGACGGAUGAGAGUUUGCGGACUAUGUGUGACAACAUCCUACACCUGUUAACCACCACUGUCAAGAAGAUGGAGAAUGUUCUGUGGCCAUUCUUGUUGGAGUUUGUCAUCCCCCCGCAGUAUCUCGAUGCGCUGGCUCCUGUGUGUCGCAGCCUUGCACACCUGGGAAUGAAGAAGCAGCAGCAGCACAGCGGCGAGGGCUUCCAGCUCAACAACAAGGAGAGAGACCUGCCCAAACCUCAGGCAUUGCUAACUCGGCUAAUGGUAGUCUCGGCAUUCCCAUUCCGGGGGAGGGGGCGAGGGGUCUCAGCGCUGAGGUUCCUCCAGGUUGCUGUGCCCCUUGUCCACCCACAGCUGCUGAAGGUCUGGAAUGAGGAACUCCCUUCACUUAUUCAGUACCUGGAAGAGAACUCCGAGGACACUCUGCCCCAGAGACAUUGGGAGGAUAAACUGCUGCUGUUACUGUCCAAGAGCCUGGAGGCUGUCACUGUGGGGGACGAGACGUGGAGCGGUCAGCUCAGUGAGGAGAUGACCAAACACCUCAGUAACUACAGCAACCAUCCCUCUGAGAAGGGUUUCCUCUACAAGUGUGUCGGGGUGGUCUUGAGGCAGACGACCGACAUUAACGUAGUCAGGAAGCAGCUCGUGGAGGUCCUACAUUCGGUACGACACACCGAGCCCCUGGAGAGGGAGGGUGUUGCAGUGUGUAUUGGGUUCUGUGCGAAGACCCACCUGGAUGUUACUCUGGCGAAGCUGGAGGACUUUGGGAAGUCUGACGUCUUGAAGAAAUCGCCGAGUCUGUUCCAAAUUCUCAAGGACAAGUCUGAUGUGGAUGUGGAGAAAGCGAAGAGCACCCUGAUCCUGUGUUACGGCUACCUGACCUUGUACGCCCCAAAGGAGCUGAUUCUGCCUCGAAUCGAGAAAGAUGUCAUCAGACAAGUCUUGAGCCACUUUAAUACGAAGGUUCUGGGGAUUAAAGUUGAGACAAAGGACCUGACCAUUAAGCUGAGCCUGAUGAAGAGCAUCUCGCUGAUUGCUCGCGCCAUCUGCGCCAAUGAACAGAGCAAUUCCUACAACUUCACUCGCAAGAGAGAGCUGCUGGCCUACAUGCAGGAUUUGAUCAAGUUGGAACCAAUGGAUGUUUUGCGAACUCCCAUCCGGCAACACGCCAUGAUCACAUGCUCCCACCUGCUGAAACUGGAUCCUUUGGUGGAUGAGACAGACAUGUUUGAGCUGAUCAAGACCUGCAUGGACAGUGUGUUUGGACUGCCCCCCCUCGGUAUGGACCGCAGCAAGGACGAGGCCUGUACAGACAUAAAGGAGAGAGAGAUCUUGUAUUCGGAAACUCUGAGCGCCCUGCAGGAGCUCCUCAAACAGAUCCUCGUGCAGGACCUCACUCCUGAGGGCCUGCAGGUCAUCUUUAAGCAUGUGGAAGGUUGGAUCACCUCGAGGAGGGAUUGGGAGAGGGAGCGAGCCAUGAUUGUAACCUCCAAGCUGCUGCUGUUUUACCUGGAGAGGCUCAAUGUUCGGACGAUGGUGUCCUUCCACAAUCUGGGUGCGUUGAUUGGUCGCCUGGUCCCUCGGUGCACAGAUCCUCUGGUGACCGUACGGCAGAAUGCGCUGGAGGGUCUGUACACGCUCAUCUGCAUCCAACUGCGCUAUGCUGGGUUUGCUCCAGAUCACAGCGAUGAGUGUUUGACGCGAUUGAAAAACCUCCAGAGUGGUCUGCACCAAUCAGACAGCAAGCUGAUGUUCCACACCUGCUCCGAGAUCGGGCAGGUGGUAGCGAAAAGCCUGCCUCAGGACCAGCUCAGCUCACUGCUGUUCAUGCUGCUGGAGGGUCUCACUGACCCUCACCCUCACUGCUCGAGUGCGGCCUCUGUUAUCAGUAACUCCCUCAUCAGGGUCCGGGGCAGUGGCCUCUUGAACCAGAUCUCCGAGGUGCUGGAAGUGUUAUACAUCCGACUGCAGAUCAUCGCGCAGGAGCCGGUGAAGGCUUCCGUUCUACAGACUGUCUCAGUCCUAGCUUCACAGAAUCUCCCCGCUGUGAUAUCCAGUCUCCUCAGCUACCCGCUGCCCUUCGAUAAGGCCACGGGGGAGAUGUGGCAGUCACUGGCAGGAGACGUGACCUUGGCGAGGAGAUCUCUGGAAUUCCUGACAGAGCGAAUGAACAAACAGUUACCGUAUGAUGAGAAAAGGGAGUCAAUGCUGCGUAAAAGCGUCACGCGGUUCGCCACCAUCCAGCCACUGGCGGUGACCUGUGCUCUGACCAAGCUGCUGUCUACAGUGGAUAGUGCUGAGGCCGUCAGUAUCCUGUACCCCUCCCUCUUCAGCUCGCUGCUUGGCCGGGUGGGCUGUACGGUUGGGGUGCGGCUCCCCAAAGACCCAGUGAAGGAGCGUCAGAACCGCCUGCCCAAGGACCUCGAUGUCUGCAGCUGCUCGGUGGAGGCUCUGAAGCUGCUGACAGUUCGAGGGAACGAUGAGGAGUUUCUGAAGAUGAUGGAGCAGGAAAACGGCUGGGAUUUGAUGAGGAGCCCUGACACUCAUCACCAAGGAGUGGCAGUGCUGGCCAGAGCGAUGGGUACGCAUGGAGUCACUCACCUGAGCAGUAUUGUGGAGCAGCUGAUCCCCAUGCUGAGCAGCCCGUACGAGGGCCAGAGAAUCACUGCAGUCGCUUUCUUCGGUGAGUUACUGAACCACCGUGUGACCUCUGACCUGGUCCUGACUGACACGCUGCUCAGCAGUUUACUGCCUUGCCUCGUGGAUACAUCCAGCGUUGUCCGAAUGUUAACCAUCAGAGGUCUGGGGAAUGCUGCAGACGGAGUUCCCCAUAAGAUCCACAAAUAUUCGACCAAGCUGUUGUCGGCGAUGAUUGCUGGCAUGGACGAGAAGGACGACCCUGACGAUCUGAUCACGCUGGAGGCAAUGUCAGGCCUGUCCAAGGUCCUGAAGCAGCUCGAGGAGAUCAAUGUCCAGCCCAUCCUGAUCAACAUCGCCCUCCGCAUCCGCCCGUUCUUCGAGAAGGAGAAGGACGCUGUGAGAGCUGCAGCUUUCAUGGUUUUCGGGAACCUGUCGCGGUUUGGAGAUGGCCAAUCGAAAGCUGACUUUGUGGAACAAAUUCACUCUAGUCUGGUCAGCCUGUUACUGCAUCUCAACGACAGCAGUGAGGAGGUGGUGAAGGCCUGUAAAUUUACCCUGCGUUCAGUGGGCCCUUUAAUGGGCUCGGAAAGUGUCAGUGCAAUGUUACAGAAACACCUGCUGGAGGAAGCAAGCUUACACUAUGGAGAAUUCAUCAACGACCUGGCAAAACACCUUAUCAGUGAUUUCCCAGAGAAGGUUAACUUCUACAUAAUGGGCAAUGUCUCCUUCUUCAAGAGCACGUGGCCUGAGAUUCGGGGAAAUGCUGUCAUGUUCACAGGGUUUCUCCUGGGCAAUCUGUCACAGGAAGAGCUUCAGUCCAUUUCUCUGGAGCAUGUGUGCACAGCAAUCAUUCUGCUCCUGCGUGACGGUGUUCCCAGUGUCCGGAUCAAGGCAGCCGAAGCUCUGAGUCUUCUCCACGAAUUGUGAUGGUCAGUAGGAUGUGUGAAGAGGCUUCUUUUUCUGCAAGCGGAGACUGGUUUCCCUUGGAUUCAUGUUUACAGGAAGGGGCUGGGGGGUGCACACUGACCAAUCAGUGGCCGUGACCAAAGACUGUAGUGUAUUUGUGAAUGGCUCCAAAUGUUACAAUGUUCAACAUGCACCCCCUGCCCCCACCCCCACCUGAUACAGCCCUGGCUAUGAGAGGGUUCACCACCUCUUCAUCACUUGCUCUUUCAUACCUUUGUCAGUAUCCCCAUUUCCCUUCCAGAAACUCAAAUUCAUUCCAAUUCUAUUUAAUUCACACUCGACCACCAGUUCCAGAAUUGUCAGGGUAUCGACACAAUCGGUUGCCUCAUAUUUUCCCCCCCUUUUUUUGGUUAGGUUCCUCCCCCCCCCACUCAUGAGAUCUCAUUUAUUGAAGAAGCCAGCGCAGUGGCUGAGGGCCUACACCUUGUACAGAAAAACCUCAGGCAGUGGCCAGACCGAUGAGCGUGACAGCAUUGGCAUCCACUCCUUUACCCACGUUCUUUUCUGGCAUGGACCAGUGGAUGUGGCUGAUUCGCGACUGGAUUUCUUUCCCACCCCCACCUCCUCCUUUUAAAGUUGGGAGUUUCUGAAAAUAGUGAUCCAAAAAUAUGGUUUAAUGGAUGAAUUGUGCCUUCCAGCUGUGUCACACUUUGGCAGGAUCAGUUCCAGCUUCUCCAACAGGCCAUGUGAGAUAUCUGUCCAAUCCACAAGUGAUUGUGGACUUUUCAUCUCUUUCCUAGCCCCAUGACUCUCCAAGUUCUCUUUUUGAGAGUCCAGAAUAAGACAGGGUUCCAGUUAGAUUGAGUAACUGUCAUGAGCGCACUGGUAAGUUGCUGCUCAUUUAUAAAUGAGUUGUCUGGCCUUAAGUUUGAGCUGUUUAAAUCUGAUUCACUUUGUUCUCCAUCAAUUGGGCACAAAAUGCUAAUUUUCUGUCCAAAAUGUGCCUCUCUACAGCAAAAGCAAGUUAAGAUUCAGUGAAUUCAAAUACAGAUCUGUGUAGCUGCUAAAUGAGCUGAACCUAAGAUCUGGGGAUAGAGUGGAAUCUAAUCUCUACAUGAAGGUGGGCCUGGAUGGAUUGGAAGUUACCUGGGCUAGACUGUCACAUAGUUGAACGUCAGCCUCUCAUUCUGCAUCAGAGGGUUUUGGUUGAGCUUCCUCCCUAACAGCCCCCAAUAAGGACUGAUGACUGGGUUAUAAUUCUCAGGCAGGGUUCUCCAGCCUCUUGCUGUAGUAACUCCUUCAAGAAGGAAGGAGGCAGUGUUCUGUGUGUCCCAGGAGCACACUGCCAGUGUGUCAGUUUCCAUGUGGCACUAGCCCUGCAAGAAACUGGGCAUUGGCACAAAAGCUUGUCGCCGAAACAGAAUUGGUGGCCAACACUGGUGUAGGUAUGCACACAGUGACCUUAAAGCUCAAGUACAGCACUGAUGCUGGCUGGCUGCCUGCGUGCUACACAUGCAGACUCGCUGGAUUGGAGAUUCCAGGAAAGUUAAAUACAGGAACUAAUUCAAAUAGUUCAGUGAGGCUUACACCCACCAACCCCCAUUCAUAUCGUUUAAAGCUGUUAUAAAUGCCAAGCCUCCAUUUGUUGCAUGUUGGAUCAUCAGAAAGGAAAAUUAGUGUUAAAAAGUGGGAUGUGAUGGCAGUUUGUUCCCUGAUUCAUAAGAGAAGGGGUUGACAGAUAUCACCAACUCCACACCCAGCGAUGGUUAGAUUCUCAAUUGCCUGGCACUGUUUUUAAAUGUGUAAAUGAAUCAAAUCUAAUAAAAUGGUAGAGAUGUCUUUAAUAAUAAAACUGCUGAAUGUAAUAUCACUAAAUCAGUGGAAAUAUGGUACAUAUUAUACAAAGAUCUA